AGAAAAGAUAGACAUAGACCUUCUAAUGUCACAUAAAAGCGAAAUUGGAUAUUCAUAAAUUUGAAGGAUUAUUUUAAAUUAUUAUUUUAAUCGUUAACAUGGCUGAUUUUGACGCAAUAUAUGAGGAACGUGAAGAAAAUGAGGAAAGCUUGGAAGAAAGUUUAGUUGCACCUGUACCUGAUCCAGUUGUUGUAAGAGGAGCUGGCAACAUGACUGUGUUUGGACUGAGUAACCGUUUUGAAUCAGAAUUUCCUCAAGCCCUUGUCUCGAGAGUUGCUCCAGAAGAAUUUAAGGCUACAGUGUGUCGUGUCAACAGUGUGCUGAAAAAGACAUUGCCAGUGAAUGUGAAGUGGCUGUUUUGUGGCUGCGUUUGUUGCUGUUGCACUCUGGGGUGCUCACUAUGGCCAGUUAUAUGUCUCAGUAAAAGGACUCAACAUUCCAUUGACAAACUGCUUGAAUGGGAGAACAGUCAUUUGUACCACAAACUGGGCUUACAUUGGAGACUAACAAAACAGAGAUGUGAUUCAUCAUCGAUGAUGGAAUACGUGCUGUUAAUUGAAUUUAUUCCAAAAAUUCCCAUCUACAGGCCUGAUUAGUGGAGCAUUAGUGGGUGUCAGUGCAGUUGACAUACAAAUAUCCGUGCCUGGUAAACUGGUGGACAUUUCAGCAAAUAGUACUUACGUCACGUCAUCAGCCAAUUUUGUAUUUACAUUCUAACAAGUAGUAUGUAGCGAAAGGCAGUUAAGUAUAUUGCAAGGUGCCUGAAAUUUGUUUAAAUUUUCUAAGUCACAAAAUACCACAAGAUGAGCGAUAAUAAAUACCGUGGUUGGUAAUUUAGUAACACUUUUUAAGCCAUCAUCUUUAGAGCAUAUUCUUUUCAUGUAGACCACAACAUUUUUAAGACAUUUAAAUUAUCAUUGAGCCCUAAUAAUUUUUUGUGUGACAUGCAUUUUUUUUACCUACCUAAAAAUGUUAGGUAAUGGAUAAAACAUAAUGCUGAAGCUCAUGAGCCAAGUCUAUACAUAUAAAUGGCAAUCCAUUGUGAUUCUAAAAUUUGUUAUAGCCAGCCAAACCAUGUGUCUCCACAAAAUCAUUGAGCCGAAUGUAUGUCACAUAAUAUUGCAGAUAAAUUCAAUUUCAUAAAACUUAUACUUGUUUAUAUGUUAAAUUUAAUGAAUGCAAGAAAAAAAAAUCAUUUCAAAAUGAGAUUUGUAAAAGGAUAGUUUUAUCAUGUAAUGUAAACCCUUUUUUUCUAUAAUUUUCUGUGCUUUGCAACUAAAUGAAAAUAAUAAUUCAUGUACCAAUAGAGGUUUGAAGACAUAUCUUGAAAUACGGCCUAUUUUAUUGAAAGAUUGAAGAAAGACAUAUACAAAUAUUAUUUGUAUUAGCUUUAAUUGUAAAUAUUAGUGGAGUCUUAUUAUUUGGCAAGGAGCUAUCUGUAAUUAUGUAAUAUUUUUCUUCCAGGUACGUAUGAUUCGUAGCAAAUUUCAUCUAUAAAUCAUUAUUCAACAUGAAUCAUUCAUUCAUUAUUCUUAUAAACAACGAUGUUCACACAAACUUAACCUGAUUGGUGUGUGACAGACUUUUUUUUAUUACAUCUGUUUAAAUCUUGUUUAGAAGUUAGAAUUUAUAAGGAUUGUAAUUACUUUAAUAAAAUAAUGUUUAGUUUUUAUAAUGUUAAAAAUAGAUUUAUUGUAAAUAAAUGACAGAAUACUGAAGUUAA